CAGAAACACUAAUAUACAGAAACGGCGGUGUUCCUGAUUCACUACAAGCGGAUAGUGAGACAGGCAAACGAAGUGCGAGCUCGUGCAAAACAACACUGAAAACUUAAGUGAAUUCUGAGAACACACAGAGAGAACAUCAGUGUGAGCAGAACUUAACAUUUCAGUGGAAUCGUAACAUACAGACAGACUGCAACGCAGAAGUACUACUCAACACACUGACACGACGCUUGCGCGUCAGGCUCACCUGUGCGUGCUGCUGUCGGUGUAGGAGUGCUCUGUUGAUUCGUCGCCUCCUUGGUCGCCGUCUCUUCGGGUUCAAGCUCCCAGAACGACAGCCAUGGAGACCCUGCCAGACUCCCUGGUCGUGCGGAUCCUCUCCAAGGUCGGCGACGGCCUGAUGCUCCUCGAUGUGCUGCCCUUGGUGUGCCGAAGGUGGCAACAGCUCUGCCGCGACCCUGAAGCGUGGGCCGAGGUGGACGUUGUGUGGACCGGCAAGGAAGAGGGCGGUUCCGUGGGUUCCGAGGGCUCAGCGGACUCCGCGGCGAAACUGUCCGACGUGGACGUGAUGCGGUUGCUGCUGCGCGCCCCUGCCGUCCGCGAACUCUGCAUCGACUGGUCGUACGAGGGUCGGCAGGAGAAAGUCCUGUCCGCCCUCCGCCGCGGCAGGGUGGUCGCCCGGGACACGUUCCAGGUGGACAAGAAAGUGUGGAUGGACGCAUGCCACGCGAACCGCGUCGCCCUGCUGGACACGCUGUGGCGUAGCCGCGGCUGCGUCAGGAUGGCCUCCGUGUCGCUGUACUUGGAGGAGGAGCUGGAUGACGUGGACUCGGACUCCGAGGAGGAGGAGGUGGUCACCAGCGCCCCGGAGCCCACCUUCACCGGGCCGCUCGUGGACAGCCAGGGCCACACCGCGCUGCAAGUGCUGGCCAGCCUGCAGCGGCUGGGCUGCCUGGACCUGGACGCGUCCAGCACCUAUCCCUACGCUGGCGAGCUCAAGGCCGGACUGCCGAAUCUGCGCUUCCUCCUCAUGAACGAGGGCGACCUCUUGGAUGGGGUGCUUCCCGAGCAACUGGCGCUGGACUUGAUUCGCGGGGCGCCGCGCCUGCGCAUGCUGAGUUUUGGCAGCGACUACGGCCGGCCGGCUGAGCCGAUGCUGGAGCUGGUGGGCGCGGACCGGGACUACAGCCACGCGGUGACGCCGGCGCUGCUGGAGAGCGUGUCGCUGUGCUCGGAGCUGCGCUUCCUGAGCGGCCCGGACGAGCUGGCCGCCGUGGUGGGCGGCCUGCCGCUCCUGGAGGUCCUGUCCAUCGGCGUGCACCCCAAGACCGAGGACGACGACGCGGCCGCCAUCGUGGGCCGCGUGCUGGCGCGGUGCGCGGCGGCCCCCGCGCCCCUCAAGACCGUGAGCGUCUACGUGCUGGACGUGUUCGUCGACGCGCACGAGGACGACGAGCUGCUGCAGCGUCAGAAGGCGGAGUGCGAACGCCACGUGAAGCUCUUCAAGACUGCCAAGCCGGAAGCCGCUGUGGAGCUGCUUUGGGACUGAGUUUCGGAGCUGCACUGGAACUGAGUUCCGGUGUGGGCGCGUUUUUUCUCCGCACUUUCUGUAAUUUGUUCGUUUCUGUUUUAAAGGUUACAUGUUAUUAAGAAUCCACUCAGUGAAACGAAGUCGAGUUAUUUUAAAUCCAUUGUGUAAAAUGAAGUCGAGUUAUUUGAAAAUCUACUCCGUGCAAUGAAGUCGAGUUAUUAAAAAUCCGCUUAGGGAAAUGGUCGAGUCCUUUCCUUUCUAGUAAUCUGGAUUUGUCUCCCCUGUAAAGAUUAUCUCAUGUUAUUGAAUCAUUUGUCUGACUCCCUUUCCUUGUUUGUAUAUAAUCUGUUCGGUUCGCCUCAAGAGUUUGCCCGUUGUAACUGGAAAACCAUUUAAUAAAUUGAUGUAGAUCCCUUUGA